UACACGCGCGCGCAUCGGUAGAGCACGCGACGCUCAACCCUCGCAGAGAGCAUGGCCCGGACGGGAAGAUGGGAAAUGUUAAAAAUAAUUGCACACCUUACGAUCGUUCUACUGUUGUGCGACACCUGGUGUUCGGUCGAGUGUAUGGUAAUCCCGGGCGGCUUCAACCCGGCUCGGCAUGCAGCCCCGGAAAUGCAACGAAAUGAUGACAUCGUCAUCCCGCGCGUUGCGGUAGUCAGGGCGAUGUCCGACACUACUGCGAAGAAAUUGAUGCUCUACACCGAGGUCAAUGCUGGACGCACGUUUAUCGUCGAUCGACGCCGGAUGACGUGCCACGAGCAGGUGCACGUGUACGAGUCCUUACAGCCGCUAGAUGCGCAGGCUGUGUCGAAGAAGGACGAGGAGUACUUAAGAAACGCAAACAUUUUGUGCUGGUCUGCCGAGGGAUCACCUGUGGAGGUCUACAUGAAGCGCGGAGCUGACGAGCAAGAGAGUCAUGCAAACGAACUGAUCGACCCCGCAGCUCAAAUGAAAAUGUCGAAUGUGCGCAAUAAACGCAACAUUAAACUGGAGGCGAUUAAACGAAAUGAUUCCGGCACUGAACGAAACAGGAUAUGCAACGAUAUGCAACUGCGCAUCGAAGGGUUUCGGAUCGAGCAAGCAGAAGUAACACCCGAAAUGGUAGAAAAUGGUGUGACCUCGGUGCGCGUGAAUUCACCAGUUACGUUACGCCUGUUCGGAACGGGGAUAAGAAACGAUACCGUUAUCAUAUUCACGCACGAACCCUCCCGCUACCUUGGUUCGUGUCAAGUGCCGGUUACGGAAAAGUUUCGCGUGAAGGAGGCGGAAGCUAGCGGUAGAAGCGGACUGGUAGACAUUGAGCUACCGGAAGUGAUCAAGCAAAAGAAGUACUUCUACAUAUGCGCCAAACACGAAAGCACUGACCCGUCGGAAGGAUCGGAAGAAACAGAAAAGGAAGCUGUCAAAGAUACGCCCUUCCUUCAUCAGGGAGUGGAUUCGUGGAUGCGUUUGACGAGUCACAAACCGAUGCUACCGCUCUGGGUGUCGAUCGGCAUCAUAUGGGUUUGUCUUAUGUUUUCGGCGCUCUUCUCCGGGCUCAAUUUAGGUCUGAUGUCCUUGGAUCGAACCGAUUUGAAGAUCCUAUGCAACACGGGCAGCGACACAGAGAAGAAAUACGCUCAUGCAAUCAAACCGAUACGCGAUCACGGCAACUUUUUGCUGUGCAGCAUCCUGCUCGGCAACGUGCUAGUCAACUCGACCUUUACCAUUCUACUGGACGGCCUAACUUCUGGGUUGUUUGCGGUCAUUGGGUCCACGGUUGCAAUUGUGAUUUUUGGUGAAAUCAUUCCGCAGGCCAUUUGCUCGCGUCACGGACUAGCCGUCGGGGCUAGAACGAUCUUUAUCACAAAGGGGGUAAUGGUCAUUACUGCCCCACUGUCAUACCCUAUCUCAAAGAUACUGGAUUGGGUUUUGGGCGAAGAAAUCGGAAAUUUCUACGAUCGCGAACGUCUUAAAGAGUUGGUUAAGGUUACAAACGACGUAAACGAUUUGGAUAAGGAUGAAGUAAAAGUGAUUGCCGGUGUGCUCGAGCUGCGCAAGAAAACGGUAAAGGAAGUGAUGACACGCCUGGAGGAUGCGUACAUGCUUCCAAUUGAUGCGGUACUAGAUUUCGCAACGAUCGCCAAAAUCAUGGAGUCAGGAUUUUCUCGUAUACCUGUGCAUGAAGCAGAUGAGCGCACAGCCAUUAUUGCUAUUUUACACAUCAAGGAUCUGGCGUUCAUCGAUCCGGACGAUAAUGUGCCCGUACGCCGAAUGUGCGAGUUUUACCAGAAUUCGCUACACUUCGUGUUCUACGAUCAGACGCUAGACGUAAUGUUUAAGGAGUUCAAGUCGGGCACAUUUGGGCAUAUGGCGUUCGUGCAAGCGGUAAAUUCGGAUGGUGACGGGGAUCCCUUCUACGAAACGCUCGGUCUUAUCACACUCGAGGAUGUUAUAGAGGAGUUGAUUCAGGCGGAAAUUGUUGACGAAACGGACGUUUUCACCGACAACAGAAGCAAGAUUCGACGCGAGUGUAUCAAGCGGACGGACAUUCCCACGUUCGUGGAUCGUCCCACCGAUACGGACGUGCCACGUUUGCGCAUUGGGCCGCAAUUGAUAUUUGCUACGUAUCAGUACAUAUCGACUGCGGUAUCGGCGUUUAAAAGUGAUUACAUCUCGGAAUCGGUGCUGCGACGCUUGCUGAAUCAAAAUAUUUUCCAUCAAAUCAAGAUCAAGAGCAAAGAUCGUAAUGAGCGCAUUAAAAUCAUUAACUGCGGUACUCCAAUAGAUUAUUUUGUACUGAUACUAGAGGGACGGGUGGAGGUGACCGUUGGCAAGGAAGAUCUACUAUUUGAGAGUGGCCCUUUCACUCACUUUGGACUGCAAGCGAUUGUGCUAAAUGCAGGUGGCGAUAACGCGGCCAACACACCGCAGCAAAUAUUGGGAUCGCUAGAGUCUGUUGCCCAGGAUACCGCGUUGCGAAAUCAAUUCAUUCCGGACUACACGGUGAAAGCGAUCACGGAUGUGGUGUAUAUGCAGAUUUCCCGCAUCCUCUAUCUGGCGGCCAAGCGUGCCACACUGCUGGAACGUUCGCAAAAGCUGGGCGACCAAUCGAUGGACCCGAUCGAUCCAGAGGUGGAACAGCUGAUGCAUUCGCUCGAUAAAGGUGACCAGAACAGUAUAACACCGGACGCCACAAACCUGACCGUCAAUUCCGGCGCAAAGGCUAGCAAAUCGUCUAGCAACGUUGCCUCGCCCACGGCUUUAAAUGAGCAUCGACCAGCUACGCAAGAGACAUGGCUAUCGCUAUGGACCCCGGAGCAGAUCCCAGCAGUAUCCCGCUGCUGCCAAAGCCAUAACCCUCGGUGUACCUCAUUGUACUGUACUACCAUCCUACCGUGUACAGUACCGUCAGCGCAUCCGCCCAUGCAUGAACUCCAGCAUCAACUUCAUCAUCACCACCACACGAACCACCACUCGGUCGAUGUCGAUUGGAGUUUAUCGCCCGACUGUUGGAUGUCAUGCUAG